UGUUAUUUUACUGUCAUACAAAGUGUGAAACAUAAAUAAAGCAUAUUAAAUUUUCUUUAAAAUCAUGACUUAAUAUUUAAUCCUAAUAGUAGUAGUAUGCAUUAAUCUAUCUAAGAAAGUUACUGCCACUAUAAUAUUUGUUUUAAUGUCACUAUGGAUGGUUUAAUUCACGCGGCACUUGAAGCUGAGGGCAUUCUAAAUAGAGCCAAACAUGUGAACGCGGGGUUAUCAUACGAUAGUGGGGUUCAGGAUCAUAAGAUGACUUGGACCCAUGACAAGAUGCAUCUAUCUGAACCAGUUGAUGAUUCCAGAACGAAGUUCAACAGGAGUUCCUCCAGCUCCGGCAUGCUGAAGUCCACUGGGAAGUUUGAUUUAUUCAAAAAACUUCAUGAACUUUAUACAGAGCUAAGUGGAGAUGAAUCUUUACAAUCAAACUAUCAAGGGUUGAAGACAACAUCAUAUUUGUUGGAGAAGUUGCUCGCAACAUACAACCUGAACACAUUAAUUAUUAACUUGUAUCCUGGCAAUAAAGGGUAUUCUCUAUCAUUGAAAAUUAAUGGGAAUUCCCAACAGAUGCAUUCACCUGAUGGAAAUGCAACAAACCAAGAGGAAGCCCUAAUAGAAACAACAAGAUGGCCGUACGAAGAAGAGGAACUCCUUAGUUACAUAGACAAUGAAGAACUGCCAGUGGUCCUGAUGGACCUGCUAGAGACUGAACAUUCUUGUCUAUUCUACUCCGGGUGUGUCAUUGCGCAAAUAAGGGACUACCGGCAGGCCUACCCAAACUUCUUGUGCGAUACACACCAUGUCUUAUUGAGACCUACAAAUCAGAGCAUAAUAACGGACGCAAUGUGCAUAGGCACGACAGAAGAGCGGGCCGCGAUAGAAUCCGCCUUAGUCCUCGCGACAGCACCACCACUAUGUCUAGACCCUCGACCGGCGGUCGGGCUGCUGUCGGCCAGGCUGCACUCCGCGCCGCGACUGUUCAACACGCCGCGGAUACGACGCCAGGCGCGACGGUUUUCUCAGGUGGCGAUAAACCGCAAGCGCAAACUAGACCAGUUCACACACCACCACGGCCUGGAGCUACUGGAGCUGAUCCACCGCCAGCGAGCCAGGAACAGCCGCCAGCCGCUGCCGCACACCAGGCUCACCUCCAAGUUCCCCAAGAAACCGCCGGAGGUAUUCAAACCAAUAGAACCGCCGAAGAUGGAGCCACAACCCUUAGCCCUGCCCUCCGAGCCCGCAGCCGCGUUGCGAUUGGCCAGAGCGUAUGAGAGGCCACGCCCAUCGCCCGACUGCCAACCGCAAUUGGUCGAAGAGUACAUUCUGGAGACUGAGAAAACCUCACCGCACGCUGGUGCCGGCUUCUUCCAUAUUAAACUGUCGAUACUGCAGAGGCCUUCGGAUCAGGAGUUUUUGGGCGAGUUGUACGUGGAUAGGGACCAUGUUGAGGGCGAAAGGAAUGGUGCUGCGUGCCGGUUUGUUCUAGGCACCCGAGUGCAAGCCAACAAGUACAUCCAGCAGUUCACGGAAAUCUUCACCGAAGAAGGACGCAAGUCUGUGCGCAUCAAGCACGUGGUGCCCGGGCAGCUGCCGCGGGUCUCCUUCACCGGGGGCAUGAGAGAGAUCCAAGGGCAACAGUUGCUUCUACAACAGAGGACAACGAACGCUGCGCAAUCAAGCUCCACCGUACAAUCUCACCCCACCGUAGUACCUGUCGUCACAACGAUAGCGGCGACCUCAAAUACUCAUACGACAGCGAGAUCGCUGCCUAUAUUGCAAGCGCAGCUGCAGUGUACGGGCGCGGCGCCGGCGGCCGCCACCACGCCGGACCCCGCGCUCAAACAACAACCUUCGCCGUCCACGCCUAGGCUAUCUCCUCAGGUCCACGACAUCCACUCGUCCCAGCAGGCGUCGACCAAUCAGCUGCUAGCACAGCAGUUGACCAACCCCCCGCAGCCGCUCAACCCGCAGAAGAUGCAGUCCGCCAUCAUACACAUACAGCACCCGCUCAUGUCUUCCGCUACCACUUCACAGGUCCAAAAUAUACAAUACACAAGCGCGUCGACGGCGCAACAGAAGGCGACAAUAACCAAACCUAGAACAACAAAUCCGGCGAUAAGCGCCCUAGUUACUAGUCUUAUGAACUCCGCGCAACAGUUUCAACAAGCGGCAAACCAGAACGCAGCGGCGAAAGCGGUAGUAAGCACGCCGAGCAGCAGCAACGCGACAAUAUUAAACCUGCUCAACUCGGCGCCGGGCGGCAUGUCGCGGCCGUCGACGACAGACGCCGUGACGUCAGAGCACAAGCCGCUUCUCGGCCGCGCCGUGUCGCUGGCGGGCGCGCGGCUUGUCGUCACUACUGCCGCCGCCACGCACCCCACCUACACUCAGGUGAUGUCAGGCUACCGGUGCGACAACGAAGCGACGAAUGUGUCGUCGAGUGAGAGCGCGUUACUGGAGCGACUAAUAUCUCCGCCCGCCGAGCCGAAUCCGCCGCAGACGACGCAACAGCAACAUCCUACUAUGUGUCAUUUACAGGGCCUCAGUCUAACCUCACUCCAAGGUCUCCAAGGCAUCCAAGGCCUCCAGAACGUGCAAGUCCAGAUCCCGGGCCUGUCAGCGCCCAUAUCUCUCUCCCUGAACGUGUCGGGGGCACCGAGCGGGCUGCUGGUGUCGGUGCCGCCGACCACGUCGGUGGUGCUCGCGAAUCAGCCUUCGGUGCUGUCGCUACCUAUAGAGCUGGUGCGCGGGCGCGGGCCGCCGGUACGCCCCCUCCGCCCCGCCCCCCCCGCCGCGCCCGCGCAGCCACCAGGGACCACCCAGUUCAUAGCGCAAGCGCAGACGCUAAACACCCACCAAGUGCGGCGGAAAUCCAACCAAUCGGACGGCUCAUAGUGAACGUGCGAACUCUAGCUCACUGCCCAAAACUAAAGUCUGUGUACAUACGUCAAUAUACCUUAUUACCUAGGACUUAGUUAAUUUAUUCAUACGUAACUCCGGACGGUCGAACAGUGUGCAAUGAACUCUAGUGAAAUAUAUUCUCUGAAGUUGGGAUUCCACUUCGCUUUGGGACAAUGCAGCCUUUGCCUCGGUCUGAGCGCAUAUUUGCCUCGGGCGAGGCAAUCUCCAGAGUCGUCGUAUUGUCGCAUCAAGGAAUCUCAACUUUAUGUUGCGCCGCCGUGUUGUGUUCACUUGAUAUUAAAAAUAUUUAUUUCGUAAUUAUUUACUCGUACUCUCGGUUCGUUUUAAAUGUGACUUGUUGUUUUAAACGAAUUUGGACUUUCCAGGAAACUAAUUAUCGGGGAUUAUUACUUGCCGAUGUUUUAAUACAUUUUGAUGAAUGUUAUCAAUUAAAAUCAUAAAAUGGCCUCUGAUAUGAAUUUCAAAUACAAUGCGAGAGGAUCACGAUAUGUUCAUGUUCAAAUGUUCCUAUUAGCCGCAUUAUACUACUUUAUUAAUAAAUUUAUUAAUAAAUCAGCCAAAAACACAGCAAUUACUGUCUGGAAUAGCUCAGAAAAAUUUGUAGAAGUAUAAUUUAGGUGGUUAUCAUGCAUUGUGUUUGAGUCUAAUAAAAACAAGUUACCUACUUUGCAAUUCGAUUGCAAUGAGUAUACUUUGGUUUGUCUAUGUGUAAUCCAAGAUUUUAUUGAUAUUUAAGAUUAUAUCGUAAAUGAACAGGGUGUUGCUAAAACUGUAUCGUCAUUCGAAAGAACUUCAUAAUACUCGUGAUUCUGAGCAAGAUUUGUUACCAAUGUACCGAUUAGUCGAGGCAUGCCUGGGAUUUCUAAUUUAGUUAGCCAAUGCUCGGUCGGUAUAGUCGUCCCCUAGGGCAGAAAUAUAUAGUCCCAGCAUUUAAAAACCCAAAGCAUGCCUCGCCUGGCGACGUCGAUGUUAGCACGUUAUAAGUCGAAUAUUCGGCAUGUACCUACUCACUGAAGCGGCAUGCCGAGUAUUCGACUCGUAACGUGCUGCCAUCUAGCGAACAUUAAUUGUCAGUUAGCAGUUACCAUCCUUUACGAAAUAUCAUAGGUAUGCAUGUAGUAGCACUGGUCGCUUCGAAUCAUAUUGGUUUUACAUAAUAAGUUCUACGUAUUAUGCUAAGUACAUAAGUUUUUUUUAAUAAAACUCGUAAAUCAAAAGCGCGGUUUAGAAUGACGAGUAGUGUGAUGCGUUUACUGAUUUUCAUACGAUUUUAGCAACUUCCUCUUCAUUAGCCGAACAAUUAUAAAAAUGAACUUCAAUUCAUCUUUAAUCAUGUACACUGCAUGCAUGAAUUAUUUGUUAUAUUUAUAUGUAUACGAAUCAAUCAUGAUCAUUUUAAAUGUUUCGAUGUCACAAAGUACUUAUUUUAUUUUUUAUAUGUUUUAAAAUGUAUGUAUUUAUAGUUUAGAACCACCGAAUGUUAACAUAGCAAGUUCCAAAAACAUUAUCGCAUUAAGAAAUCACAACAAUCAUUACGUAUAUUUCAACUACCUAACCACAUUACUUAUUGUAUUAUAUUAGUUAGCCGCAGUAGAUAGUUUAUUUUGGUAAUACUCAAAAUUUUGUUGCUCUAAAAAAUAUAUUUGAUGCUUUUCCAAUUUCGUUGGUAUCUUCAACCAGUUUAGAAAUUGAUCUCGAAUGUGCAUGUAAUUUAAUGUUAAUGUUUCGGCCUUGUGUUGUUUUAGGUUUACAUUGCGCAUUCCUAUCAAAAGGUAUGACCGAUAUUAAAAGUGUGAAUGGUACUUAAUAAUUUACAAACACAAAAUUACCUUAGACUUAGAAGGAGUUAUAUGAGAGAGUCUUAAUCAGUAUUAAAUACUAAAAGUUUUUUAAUGCCGUGUAUUGAUUAACUGUGUGUUGGCAUGCGAUUUGCAUCUAUUAAAGUACAACACUUUGUUGUGAUUAUGAUAGAAUCAUUCUUGUAAAUAAGUUGUAAAUAAAUAAAAUUGUAUAAAAUGUAUGCGAUAUUCAGAAAUGGGAGUGUAAUAGGAUUGUAUAAAUAUCUCGAAAAACAAUAAGGUUGAAAGCGAUUUAUAGCAAUAAAAUAAUAAUUAGACUAAAUUGCCAAUAAUGUUAGCGAUUUUGAAGGCAUCAAUUUUAAAUUUAGCACUGUAAUAGGCUAUGUGUAAUAAUGCAAAUAAGAUUGUCAGUGCUUAACAUUGGUGCCUUUGGAAUCCGUUACAAUAUAUUGUUAAAAUGCUCUGACUAAAUCAAUUAAGGGCUGAUUCUGAAGUAACAAAUUUCAAAUUUGGUGCUUUUAAACCAGCUCAUGCAUUAAUAUUAUCCAAAAACAGACAUGGUUUGCCACAUGUGAAGUCUAGUUAUAACUGCUAGUCAAAACUUGUUAUUUCAGAAUUGUCCAAAUUGCCUAUAAAUCUACAGGGUUACCACAAAUCAACGAAAGUCGCCAUUUUUUUCGGUUAAAGGUCUUUUAGUUCCGAAAAUGCAUGAGAGUUUGAAAGCGAGCAGCGUUGCUCAACUCCCUUAGUUUUACUUCUAGAUCUGAAUUAGUUCUUAACACUAGGGCUUUCCUAAUCAAUGUAACCGAACCAAACCGAAAUUGUGCUAUGAUUGGCUUUUGGAUCAAGAUAAAAUUGUAAGUCGUUUGGAAUUCUUUUUAAGAAUCACUCAUAAAGCCUACUGUUAAAUUGAUGACUCUAAUGAGAUUAAAUGUUACAGCCCUGGGUGUGUUCAAAAUGCUUAUGUUAAGCUUAAAUGGCAUAAUAAUAUGAUGUUAGAUGGGUAUUAUUUUUAUGGCAUAGAUAAACCGACGCAAUAUUAUAAUCACUUAAGGUUGUAAAUGCACAAAUGAACAUUAAGUAAUAUAGAUAUUUUCACGUACUGACUAGAUAGUACCAGAUUUAAUGUACUGUAUCUGCCAAAAGUGGAUAACUGGAAAAUUGAGUGCUAUUUAAUCAACUAGCGAUGAAUUAAAUCAAAAUGUGACACAUAAUACGAUAAGGCUUCGAUUCCUAAUAGUCUUUGUUAUAAAAAUAUACCGAUAGAAAAUGAAUUAGUAAUGUAUCUACUCUCUUAAGAUGCAUCUACAUCUUAAUACUCUCUAAAAGGGACUCUUUUCAUCGCCUUUUGAUAAACAAUGUCUGAUAAAUUCUUACUACAAUCCCUGCCGGCAAUCUUAUCCCCUGUAACUUUAUUAGUAUUAAAUUUUGGAUUCACAUGAUUUUACUAGAAAUAUAUUUUUAGAAUUCAACAAUCGGAACCUUUUGCAGUUUUUAACAUAAGUUUUGUUUAUCACUAAGCCAUGAAGUGAGUCUCAAUAAAUAUAUAGACUGUUUUUUCGAUACAUCACCUGAUUGAAAAUUUAAUAAGGAGGGAUUUUCAGAACCAUCCGUUUAGUACAAGCCAAGAUGUAAGACUGCCUUUCUUACUCGGCAAUAAAUAUAAUUAAUUUAUUAUUAUAGUUGUGUUGGUUUGUGUGUCUGGGCCUCGUAUAGUAGCGUGAAUCAAUGAUCUCAUUUGUUUAAUGGACAAUAGCUCAAUGUGUAGAUGUUUUAUAGUAAAUCACAUAACUUUGACCUGCACAUGUAAAUGACUAUUUUUAAGAGAAUCUACUAUGAUUGUAUAUAUUUUUUGUAAUGAAGAUUUUAUACGAAUUAUGGCCCAAUUCUAUGCGAUGGUUGCUUGAAAUUUCCAGUGUCAACUAAGUAUGUGUAUAAUAUUAUGAUAUGGUAGUGUAAAUAUAUUUUAUGUAAUGAAAUGAGAUGUGAUAUCCAUUCUGAUGUUUAUAGUUUGUAGGUGUAUUAUAAAAUGUAUAUUAUUGCGUUGACAUUGAUUUUUGUGUAUAUUGAUAUUGUAAAAACUAUGACGUAAGGAUGUUGUUCCGAGAUUGACGUUUCGAACAUAAAUAAAUAAUUUUUACAUGA